AUGAUCUUCUCGAGUCUAGGCGCCGCGUAUGGGAUCGCAAAGUCAGGUAUUGGAAUAUCCGCAGUCAGUGUCCUGCGCCCAGACAUGAUGAUUAGAAAUCUCAUGCCACCCAUUCUCGCUGGCAUUCUUGCCAUCUACGGCCUCGUCGUUGCAGUAGUCAUAUCCUCCUCGCUCAAAGAGAAAGUAGCGCUUCAUACGUCUUUCAUGCAGCUCUCUGCUGGUCUGUCCGUUGGGCUGUGCUGUCUCAGUGCGGGCUUUUGUAUUGGGAUUGUGGGUGAUGCUGGCGUGCGGGCUACUGGACAGCAACCGAGGAUGUUUGUGGGUAUGAUGAUGAUGUUGAUCUUUGCUGAGGUGCUGGCCAUUUAUGGGUUGAUUGUCGGAUUGUUGCUCUUGACUAGUUCGGAGAAUGGGGUAACAGAUUGUAGUAAGGGGUAUUGA